AUGACUGGGGUAGAUCUGGAAAAAUGCAAGCGCAUUGUCCAGUAUUUCUGGGAUCCUGAACCCAAAAAUGAUACAGCACCAGAGGCACCGAUCUGGUGUUUAGGUCAACAAUAUACCCCCACAACACAGGACCCAGAGAACAAUGAUACAGACAAGCAUCAUAGCACCGACCAUUCAAUAAAGACACCGCCUAACGCGACCAAGAAUAUAUGGCCCGAGGAUUUCUUGAUCGACUUUGAAUCAAGACUGUGGAUGACAUAUCGCUCCAACUUCCCUCCUAUUCCCCACAGUCAUAAUCCCAAUGCAACUUCUUCGAUGACGCUAGGCGUGCGCCUGCGGAGCCAGCUCAUGGAUUCCCAAGGCUUCACCUCCGACACAGGUUGGGGUUGCAUGAUUCGAUCAGGACAGAGCCUAUUAGCAAACACACUGUGUAUCUUGCUCCUAGCUUGGCGAAAAGGCGAUCAGCCCAAUGAAGAAUCGAAGAUAUUGGCUAUGUUUGCAGAUCACCCCGAUGCGCCGUUUUCAAUACACCGAUUUGUUCAGUGCGGUGCCGACUCGUGUGGAACUCACCCUGGGGAAUGGUUUGGACCAUCAGCAACAGCUCGAUGCAUCGAGAGUCUGUCUAAUCACUGUGAACAACUCAAGCUGAAUGUUUAUGUGACCAAUAAUACAUCGGACGUCUACGAAGAUCAAUUAACACGGCUAGCCUACGACCAAACGGGCCACUUUCAACCAACUCUUAUACUUUUGGGAUUACGAUUAGGGAUCGAACAGGUUAAUCCAGUGUAUUGGGAUGGAUUGCGAGCAGCAUUAGGAUACCCACAAUCCAUGGGCGUCGCAGGUGGACGUCCAUCGGCAUCACACUACUUUGUUGGAGUUCAAGAUUCCCACCUGUUCUUCCUUGACCCCCACACAACGCGCCCCACACUUCCCUAUCCCACGUCAAAUGAAAAAUAUACCCCAGAAGAACGAGAUAGCUAUCAUACUCGUCGCCUCAGACGUAUUCAUCUCAAAGAUAUGGACCCGAGCAUGCUAAUUGGAUUCUUGAUCAAGGAUUUGAAUGACUGGAACGACUGGAAGCAACGAGUCCAAAAUACGCCCGGAAAAUCAAUAAUUCACGUUAUCACGGGAGAAACCAAAUUGGAUCAGACAGUUGGCCGAGAAGCAGCGGUAGACGAAGUCGAGGCUUUGGAUGAUUCCGAUGAAAUGGGAGAAACAGAUCUGUAG